AUGAUUUGGAUUGUCGGGCUUUUGUUCGUUUCAAUUGUGAACGCUUCUCUUUAUGAGAAGACAAUAGACGAGGCUAAUAAAUGGGUGCUGGACUACGUUUUGGGCAAUGGAAAGAAGGAUUCCAGUCCCUGCACCAACUUUCCCGAAUAUGCGUGUGGCAAGUACGCAGAGCGCCACAUUGGUGAACCCUUCAGCGGAAUUUUUCAGGAGAUAAGCCACAAGGUAAACCAUUACCUUCUCGACGAGGUAAAAAGGCUGGAGAUGAACUCGACCAUGAGCGCAUUUGACGACCAGUCCAUCGAUGCGAGGCUCUUGAGAUUCUACAAAGGAUGCCUUGAAGCGCCGCCAGAAACGCGAAAGAUAGAGCAUUUCUUGAGACUGGCUCCACCAGGCGAGGGUCUCACUUGGCCUCUUUUGACGACCAAUGGGCCUGAACUCAAGUGGAUGAGCACCGUGGCAUAUCUGUUUAACCAAUACGGUUUCACCAAUGUUUUAUUCGACGUAAAGAUCACAACGAAUUAUGAAAACAGUACGGAGCAUCUUUUGAGUCUAAGUAAUCCCGAUAUAGUUGGUCCCUAUUUCGAUUAUUUGGAAGCACAUAGAAUUCUUCGGGAGUUAAAAAUACCACCACUAAGGUUCCUUGUUCUCUUGAAUAAGGUCACAUACCUAUACCGGGAAGUUGAGUAUCUGACCACAGUGCACAACAAAGGAAACAGGCAGGUUAUAACUGUGGAACAGAUGACGAGCAGAACCGGUUACGAUUGGCAUGAGUUCAUCCAGACAAUAGUUGGCCACGACAUUCAACCCAACUUCCGGUUGCAGGUGUAUAACUUGGGCUACUUUACUGCCCUUAAGAGUCUAAUGGACUCCACCGACACCGAAUUGCUGGGUAGCUAUAUAAUGAUUAACUUCGCCCUAUCUCUGCAGUAUGAAAUCAAGGCCGGCGGGGAUCCCAUCGAUUGCAUAAAGUAUGUGCGCCAAAAUAUGUAUGUGGCCUCAAGCCUUCUCAUUACGGAACGCUUCCAUCCAAACCUGCUAAUGUUCUUACCGAAAAUUGAGAAAAUCUUCGAGGGAGUUCGGCAACAGUUGCUCCUAAAAAUCGAGCGCAAUCGCCUUCGCCUGACCGCUGGGCAAAAGGAUAUGGCUUUAAGGAAGGUUAUGGCCACUAUGCUCAACAUCAGCAACAUGCUUAAUCGUACUGAGCUUCGUGAAUUUUUCAACAAAUACUAUGAGGGUUUGGAGAUUCCUAUGAACGACCAGGACUUUGCUCGGGAACACCUCAAUCUUCUGCAUUUCACCGCUGGCAAGAUACUGAAGCAAUUAAACGAAUUGUCUGCGGAUCCAAAGAAGUAUUUCAUCCUACCCGAACCAGAUACGUUUUCUAGUUCUGGGCCGUACUAUCUCAGCCCCGAGAACGUCAUCGUCCUGCCAGUGGACCUUCUGCAGGAGCCCUUUUUCCUGUUAAACAGCCACGAUGUUUUUACAUACAGCUCAUUGGGAUUCGUUCUCGCCCGGGAGCUAAUGCACGCCAUCGACAAGGACAAUAUCCUUUACGACAGCGAAGGAAACGUGAACGAAUUUGGCAUUGAAAUCGCAGAGUCAAGGAGGUUCAAGAAGGGUCUGAAGUGCUUGGGAAAAACAAGAUUUAGCAACGAUCGAUUGGCAGAUAUCGGUGGACUUCAUCUCGCCUACUCCGCUUACCUGGAAAGCGUUAAAAGCACUAGAUCAGAGAAUUCUGAUAGGAAACAAGUUGCUAAAAAUUUUACCAGCCUUCCACUUCGGCAGGUGUUCUUUCUCAAUGUGGCGCAGUCCUUCUGCACAAGUGAUUUUACGAAAAUCGGCCGUCAUGUUGUUGAAAAGUGGCGCUUGGAGCAAAUGCUGUUCGGCUCCUCGCCUUUUGGCAGAACUUUUGAAUGUCCUCCGAAGGACUUACAGUGCCAGCUCUGGUGA